AACAAUUCGAAGAGUGAAGUGGUCUUUGCACUGAUCAAAUUUGACAUGUUGUUAUGGUAGAUAAUGAAUGAAGAUUCACAUAUGCGAGGAGACAGUACGCCUGUUAACGAUGAAGGCGUAUAUAGGAAUGUAUACAAUAUUCCUCCUCCUAGACAGGAAAAUACUGUUGAAUUGAGUCGCUAUUUGAAUGACUUUAAAAUUGCGCUCAAUAAAAAGAAUUAUAUCAGAAGGAAGCAUUAUUUGGAACAAGAUCUUGAACGAAAUAUUUUGAAGGCCCGCGAAAUGAAUUCUGUAAACGAGAGAGAAUAUCAGAAUGUUGAUGCUGACCUUCAAAGUGACUUGCGUGAUCUUGAGAAUUUGCAUAUCAUUGAAAGCCGCUUGGAUCACUGUAGAAAUGCAGAGCAAUCAAAUGAUAGUCAACCUCCACAAUGGUUUGUCAGUUUUUUAAGUGAUCCUAAUAAUAUAUUUUACUCUUUAAAUCGAUCUAUGGAGCAAAGAAUGUUGACUAUGGAGCAGAGAUUGAUGACGAUGGAGCAGAGAUUGAUGACGAUGGAGCAGCGACAGAAUGUUCGAUUUGAUGGAAUUGACCGACGUUUGGACGGAAUUGACCGACGUUUGGAUGGAGUUGAUCGACGUUUGGAUGGAGUUGAUCGACGUUUGGAUGGGGUAGAGGUGAAGUUGAACAAACAGGAGUAUCAAAAUCGCAGGCUGUAUAAUAUACAAAUGAGAUCACAGGGAAGACUUGUCGAUGUCGUUCCGUUUUUGAAUGGCGAAGAACCUGAUCCGGAUUUGCCAAGGAUUUGUUCAGUUGAAGAUAUAAACGGCUUAACAAGAGCUCAAUGUACUCGCUAUCUCGAAGGUUAUGGGAUCCGAUACGGACCUAAUGAAACGAUAAAAUUAAAGGAGCGCCUUCGUGAUGCCGUUGGUUUAGAGUCAUUAGGGGAUAACCAGUUUCGUUUUACUGGUAUAGUUUAAACAAUUUUUUCUGGAGCAUUUAAUUGCGAAGCAAAUUUUAAAGAACUAUUGUGCGUAUUGAGACUUUCUUUUGUUAAUAACAUGAACUUAUGCAUUCGCAUAAUUAAUCUGUGACACAUUUCGGUGUCCUUCUCAACUUGACGCUGUGUGCCAUGAGAGUGUUCGAACAACUUCUAAUAUCUAUACAGCAUUCGACAUAGUAAUACUAUCAACAAUUCUAUUGUAGAUGUUUUUAUUUCCGAGAAUAUAUCUGACUUUGGAAAUAAUUAUCGAAUUCAAAACAGAAACGCAGUAAGUGUUAAUAGAGCUGGACCUUUUUGUCAUAUAAUCAUGUCCAGAAAGCUACGUAGAUUUAUUAGGGUAGAAAGAGGAUUUUUUUUAUAUAAUCCGAUUUCUCCAUUUGAAGACUGUAACGG